AUGCCACUCCCCCUCCUCGCCGCCACCGCCGCCGCCGCAACCGCCGCCGCAACAACCGCCUACCUCGACGCCCGCCUCGGCCUCGGCUACGACGUCGCCCUCCUGCGCGCCUACGGGCAAGCGGGAUGGGCCGCCAUGCGCGCGGAGCGGCGAGGCACCCUGUCUCCCUGGCACGAACUGCAAACCCUCGCGCGGUGCCCCGCGACGGCGGACGACGUGUUUCUCGUCGUUCCGGAACAUCGGGGGGAGAACGACCACGAUGCCAACGACGAGGAUAAGGGUGAUGAGAAUAAGGGUGGCAAGAAUAAAGACGACAGCAACAUAACGCUCCACCGCCACACGUACGCGCAGAUCCACGCGGCGGCGCUGCGGCUGGCGGCGCACCUGCGCGCGCGGCGGGGGGUGCGCGCGCGCGACGUCGUGGCCAUCGACAUGGGGAACGGGGCGCGGUUCGUCGUGGCGUGGUUCGCGGUGUGGGCGGCGGGCGCGGUGCCGGCGUUUAUCAAUACGCAUCUGCGCGGGGCGGCGCUGCUGCAUUGCUUGCGGGUUUCGACGGCGGGGGUGGUGUUGGUGGAGGGGGAUGUGGAUGGGGAUGGAAAAGGGACUGGGGGGAAGUAUGCGGAGGGGGGGGAGGUGGCGGUGGCGUUGGGGAGGGGGUGGGGGACGGGGGAGGAGGAGGGGGGCAGGGUGGUGGUGGAGGUGGUGGAGUUUGGGAGGGGGUUGGAUGGGGUGUUGGAGGCGGAGGCGGGGAGGAAGGAGGGGGGUGGGGAGCGGGGGUGGGGAGCUGGGGGAGGAGGUGGAGGAGGGGGAGGAGAAGGACAAAAGCUGCAUGAUAUGGGCAUCCUGAUCUACACGAGCGGGACGACGGGCUUGCCGAAGCCGGCGGUCGUGAGCUGGGCCAAGAUGCGGGCGGCGGCGACGUUCGUGGCGAAGUGGCUGCCGUUGAAGAAGGGCGAUGUGCUAUACACGGCCAUGCCCCUCUACCACACCUCCGCCUCCCUCCUCGCCCUCCUCUCCACCCUCACCGCCGGCACCACCCUCGCCCUCGCCCCCCGCUUCUCCGCCCGCCGGCUCAUCCCCGACCUCCACGCCACGCGCGCCACGCACCUCCAAUACGUCGGCGAAACGCUGCGCUACCUCCUCUCCACUCCCGCCAACCCCACCCUCGACGCCACGCACCGGUGCCACACCGUCUUCGGCAACGGCCUCCGGCCCGACGUCUGGCACCGCUUCACCGCGCGCUUCGGGGUGCGCACCGUCGCCGAGUUCUACGCCGCGACCGAGGGGCCGGGCGGCAUGUGGAACAAGUCGCGCAACGCCUUCUCGGCGGGCGCCGUCGGCCGCAACGGCUGGCUGUCCGACGCGCUCGUGUGGGGCCGCUUCGCCGCGUGCGUCGCCGUCGACGCGGGGUCGGGCGCCGCGCGGCGCGAUCCCGUGACGGGGCGUUGCGUGCGCGUGCGCGCCGGCGAGCCGGGGGAGCUGCUGUACAAGCUCGAUCCGGACGACGUGUGUCGCCGGUUUCAGGGGUACUUCAACGACGAGCGCGCGUCGUCGGAGAAGGUGUUGAGGGAUGUGUUUGAGGAAGGCGAUGCGUGGUUCGCGACUGGCGAUGUGUUGAGGAGGGAUGAGAAGCGGUGCUGGUGGUUUGUCGAUCGGCUGGGGGAUACGUUUCGGUGGAAGAGCGAGAACGUGAGCACCGCCGAGGUCGCGGCCUUGCUGGGCGAUGCGUGUCACGACGUCCUGCGCGAGGUGGUCGUGUACGGCGUGUUGGUGCCCGGUCAGGAUGGGCGGGCGGGCUGCGCGGCGGUGGUGCUCAGAGGAGGAGAGGAUGGCGGUUGUGACGAUGAGGAGACGCGGCUGUCGCGGGUGGCCGAGGCUGCUGACAAGGUGCUGCCGAAGUAUGCGGUGCCGCUGUUCGUCAGGGUGACGUCGGCGCUGGUGGUGACGGGCACGAAUAAACCACAGAAGCACUUGCUGCAGAAAGAUGGCAUCGACCCGGAUGUCGUGGAGGCCAAGGGGGAUCGGAUGUACUGGCUCAGGGAUGGAAAGUAUGAGAGACUUGGAAAGAAAGAGUACGAAAGAAUACAGGGUGGUGGCGUGAAGCUUUGA